AUGGCGAAGCCAAACCGGAUGAGCCUCACUGUCGGCGCGAGAAGAGUUUUCGACUUCAAGGUCGAAGACUACUCCUUGGCUCGAACGAUGGCCGGAGUUGGGGAGUCCUUCCAGUCCGACACCUUCUCCGUCGGCGGCUACGACUGGGCCGUGCGCUUCUCCCCGUGGAGUUCAUCGCUCAAUCUCGUGCUUUUGAGCGAGCUGCAGGCCAUCGAGCGCGUCGGGGCGAAGUUUGCGUUCACGCUGCUCGACAAGUCCGGCAAGCCGUCGGCGGCUGUGCGGAAGAAGAAGUGUUCGGAGUUCCUGCUCAAGGGCCAAGAACAUGGCUUUUACGGUUUCGUGAGCCGUGCAGAUCUGGGGAAGUACAUGCGCAGAGACUGCUUCGUCGUGCGCUGCUCCGUUUCUGUUCUCAGGCGACCAACAAGGCGCUAG